CGCCGCCACAAGUCUUUCCGCCUCCCCAGGCUGCCUGGGAGCUGGGAGCUGGAUUAUGGUGGCCUGAGCAGCAAACGCAGCCGCAGGAGCCCGGAGCCCCCGGCCCCUUCCCCACACUGCCGACCCCGCCAGGAGGCCAAAGAAAGGAGCAGCUGCCGACCUGCCAUGCCCACUUCUCCCAGCCUCCCGUGGGACCCAAGCCACCCUCUCCCAGGUGACUGCUGAGGCUGGACGCCGCCGACUAGAUGUAGCCAAAGGCUCCCGCAACUUCUCUCUCCCUUCUCUCCUUCUCUGCGGAUUUCUCCAGCCUGAUCACCACAGCCCGGACCAGGGACUGGCUGAGGGGCCUGCAGGCUCCGGACUCCUGAUGCCUCAAAGCUCACCUUCCUGAGGAGUCGCCACCACCACCACCCAGAGUUGGGAGGAGACAACAAGGACAGACGUGGGCCAGCGUGAGCCCAGAGGGCCUGCAGGCCAGGGCCCACCAUGGCUCGGGUCCUGCCCUGGCUCCUGCUGUGGGUGGGCUCAGGGGUGCUGCCUGCCCACUGCACCCAGCACGGCAUCCGUCUGCCCCUGCGAAGCGGGCUGGGGGUGGCACCCCUGGGGCUCCGGCUGCCCCGGGAGACCGACGAGGAGCCAGAGGAGCCCAGCCAGAGGGGCAGCUUCGUGGAGAUGGUGGACAACCUGAGGGGCAAGUCGGGUCAGGGCUACUAUGUGGAGAUGACCGUGGGCAGCCCCCCGCAGACGCUCAACAUCCUAGUGGACACUGGCAGCAGUAACUUUGCAGUGGGGGCUGCCCCCCACCCUUUCCUGCAUCGCUACUACCAGAGGCAGCUGUCCAGCACGUAUCGGGACCUCCGGAAGGGCGUGUAUGUGCCCUACACACAGGGCAAGUGGGAGGGAGAGCUGGGCACUGACCUGGUGAGCAUCCCCCAUGGCCCCAACGUCACUGUGCGUGCCAACAUUGCUGCCAUCACUGAAUCAGACAAGUUCUUCAUCAAUGGCUCCAACUGGGAGGGCAUCCUGGGACUGGCCUAUGCUGAGAUUGCCAGGCCUGACGACUCCCUGGAGCCCUUCUUUGACUCCCUGGUAAAGCAGACCCACGUUCCCAACCUCUUCUCUCUGCAGCUCUGUGGCACUGGCUUCCCCCUCAAUCAGUCAGAAGUGCUGGCGUCGGUUGGAGGGAGCAUGAUCAUUGGGGGUAUUGACCACUCGCUAUACACAGGCAGUCUCUGGUACACACCCAUCCGGCGGGAAUGGUAUUAUGAGGUGAUCAUUGUGCGGGUGGAGAUCAAUGGACAAGAUCUGAAAAUGGACUGCAAGGAGUACAACUAUGACAAGAGCAUUGUGGAUAGUGGCACCACUAACCUUCGUCUGCCCAAGAAAGUGUUUGAAGCUGCAGUGAAAUCCAUCAAGGCAGCCUCCUCGACGGAGAAGUUCCCAGAUGGUUUUUGGCUAGGGGAGCAGCUGGUAUGCUGGCAAGUGGGAACUACCCCUUGGAACAUUUUCCCAGUCAUCUCACUUUACCUGAUGGGUGAAGUCACCAAUCAAUCCUUCCGCAUCACCAUCCUUCCACAGCAAUAUCUGCGGCCUGUGGAAGAUGUGGCCACGUCUCAAGAUGACUGUUACAAGUUUGCCAUCUCACAGUCAUCCACCGGCACUGUUAUGGGAGCUGUUAUCAUGGAGGGCUUCUAUGUUGUCUUUGAUCGGGCCCGAAAACGAAUUGGCUUUGCUGUCAGCGCUUGCCAUGUGCAUGACGAGUUCAGGACAGCAGCAGUGGAAGGCCCUUUUGUCACCCUGGACAUGGAAGACUGUGGCUACAACAUUCCACAGACAGAUGAAUCAACCCUCAUGACCAUAGCCUAUGUCAUGGCUGCCAUCUGCGCCCUCUUCAUGCUGCCACUCUGCCUCAUGGUGUGUCAGUGGCGCUGCCUCCGCUGUCUGCGCCAUCAGCACGAUGACUUUGCUGAUGACAUCUCCUUGCUGAAGUGAGAGGACCCAUGGAAGAAGACAGAUUCCACUGGAUGACAUCUGGGUGGUUCAACUUUGAACACAAGUAUGAGGCACAGAUGGCUCCUGUGGCCAGAGUACCUCAGGACCCUACCCAUCCACCAAAGGCCUCUGUUUUGACAGAAAAGGAAAAGCUGGCAAGGUGGGUUACAGGGAUGGUACCCUGUGAAAUAAGAGAGGGAAGAAAGAAGUGCUCUGCUGGUGGGAAUACUCUUGCUCACCUCAAACUAGAGGUGGGAAAUUCUGCUGCUUGAGACUGCACCCCUGAACCUUUGCCCACCGUUCCUUUAGAUUCUCCAACCCAAAGUAUCUUCCUUUUCUUAGUUCUGGAAGUACUGGUAACAUACCAGUUUUUUCCAGCAGGUGUCUCUGUGGUACACUGGCAAAGGAAGGGCCAAUCUUCUUUCACUGCUGGCCAAAGUCAGUAGGAGAGGAUGUACAGUUUGCUGUUCGCUUUAGAUAGGAACUGUAUAAACAAGCCUAAUACUGGUGCAAAGCCUGCCUCUUGAAUUAAACAAAAUUAAUUAGAUUGAAUAUUUUUAAUAUGGGGGAGGUCAGGAAGAGGAAAAGGAAAGGGGAUGCAAAGACAGGGAAAAGUAAGGAUCAAAGCUAGGAAAGGCAGAAUUAUAACCACUCGCCAGUCUCCAUUUUAGAUCUCGUUCCCUAGAUAGAAUCCAUCCCAUAAGAUGGGUGUUGCUUCCUGAUGGUUUCUUUUCUAUGGUUGCAGCCUGACCAAAAGUGAGAUGGGAAGGGCUUAUCUAGCCAAAGAGCUCUUUUUAGCUCUCUUAAAUGAAAAAUGCCCACUAAAAAGUUUCAUCUAACAAAUGACUUUCUACCUUAUUAAUUCCACUUGUCUCUAUCUGAACCCUUUAUUCUACACAUGCUAUGCAGCACUGAAACAUCCUAACCUGCUAUAGCAGAGCUGGGCUUUGUUUCCUUGUCAAAGGUUCAGUCCCUCCCCCAACUCCCUCUUCCUCUGGAGCUCUGCAGCCAAGGUGCUAAGAGGAAUAGGUAAGAGACCUCUCCUACCUAAUCCUUGAGAGCAGAAUCCUACAUAUUCAUUCAAUAGAUAAAGGGUUGAUGCCCUACACCUCUGCCUGGAUUUCUUUUUGUUCAGCUGUAAGUGCUAAGUUUUUUAUAUACUACAGAUUGGGUUCCUUGCCUCUCAUCCUCUCUGGUGUCCCUUCCAUGUACUUGGCUUAAGGCAUCCCAUAAUGGCAUUAGUAUUAUACCAGGAGUGCCAGAAACACAGGGCUUUCUGGCUCUAGCAUCAUCACUUCAGUAUCAAGGCUGCUUGGAGAAGGGAUGGCAGCCACAGGGCUUCCUUAUUUCCUUCACCACAAAAGCCUCUCAAUGGAGACCAUCCUUUUUCCCUGUCCUGCUUUCUACACCCCACUCCAGACAGUACUUGAGUACCCAGGCUGGCACUUGGGCUAGGUAGUGGGGACCAAGUUCGAUUCUAACACAGCAACUAUAGUACCAGUGUUAGUGGAAGAGCUGAAUUUUCCUGAUAGGCACACUGCAUCCUGUUCCUAUUUGGUCAGCACACUGCUUCCAGGUAUGGGACAUGCCUAGUGUGAGAUCACCUGAUGAGGAAAAGGAACACAAGGAGGGCCUCUAAAGUUCCUGGCCUCAGCCAGCUGCCCACAAGCCAUAAACCAAUAAAACAAGAAUACUGAAGUCACAGCUUUUUAUCUGGGUUCUCUUCAUUCCCAUUACACUUGGUGCUGCUUUGGCUGACUGGGAACACCCCACACCACAUAGCCUGACAUACCACACCACAAAGACUGACAGGAAGAUGAAACUGUCCAUUCCCAGCUUGGAACUUCCUAUGUAAAUAAACUUCCAGAAAGGAAAAUGUCAUAUUCGGCUUUAUGAUUUCUACCCAUGUUGGGGGAAGCUGGCUUUUUUCCAGCUCGUUCCAGGACAUACAAUCAACCCCUUUAUUAGUAAAUUCCAUUGUCAUGUUAUCUUUUUUUUUUUUUUUUUUUAGAGAAAACUGGUUGUACUUUUUCUUUUUACAGUUACUUCCUUUCUACCCUGAAACUAUGAAUUUUAAGUGUAAAAAAAACAAAACAAAGUUGACAACAGCUUCUUGCUUGUAAAAAUAUGUAUUAUAUAUCUCUAUUUUUAAAUUCUACUCCUGAAAAAUGACUGUCUCAUCUCCACUCACCUCAUUUGGGGCCUUUCCCAUUGGUCUGCAUGGUUUUACCUUGCAGACCAGUGGACAGAGGGAAAAGGGAGAACAAUGAUGGCCAAAACUUAAGGGUUCCUUUCUAAUUGUUCCUGAACAAGAAAGAGAAAAGAGCAACAAUGAGGCCCCAGCUCCCAAACACAACUCUCCAAAACACUUGUCCUCCUGCUAUAGUUGGCUUUCCGGGUGGGGUUGGUGUUUACUAAGAAGCAGUUAAACCUCCCUAUUCACCUCUUCCUUUUUUUCUCUCUCUACUCCUGUGGCUUCAAGGACUUUUGGAAAAGAAACAGAAUCUUUUUACACUCACCUCUAAUUUCUACAUGUUCAGGGAAUACUGAAAAAUAGUGCAUGUGGCUCCUUUUUUUCUCUCUCUACUCCUGUGGCUUCAAGGACUUUUGGAAAAGAAACAGAAUCUUUUUACACUCACCUCUAAUUUCUACAUGUUCAGGGAAUACUGAAAAAUAGUGCAUGUGGCCUAAAGGCUGCUGAAAAGUUGAGGGGGGAGAGAAUCUUUGAUUACAAGAUUAAAAAAAUGAAAAGAAUAAAGGAAUGGCCUUCCAUUUUGCCAUAGUUCCUAUCAAUGACAACUACUAAACUGAAGACAUUAAUAUUUCAUUAACCAUAGAAGUGGUCAUCUGACUUCUACAGCAGUGGAGUACUAAGGCCAUUUCCAUUUCAAUCACCCUUCUAGAUGUCAAGGAGGACCCAGGAAGUCCAGCUGCUUAAACUGAUGCUAGUCAAUAAACCUGGGCAAGUAAGGCAAGAGAAGAGAAAGAGUACCUCCAUGAGCUGAGAGGCAAGGAUGAAAGAUAAUGAAGGGAAAGAGUAACGAAGACAGAGAGGCAUUUCCAGGUCUCCGAAUGGGAAAAAUUCAACUGAUGUCAAUAUAAUGAUGUCCUUCCCCUGGAGUCACUUUUUUCUUUUUGAUUAACAGUUUUUACUUGGUUAAAUACAAAGAGAAGGGAGCUGAAGCCAUUUCCUAUCAGAGUAAAGAUAAAAGGAUAGGAAAAGAUUCAAAGCUCUAAUAGAAUCACAGCAUUCCCAGGUAUGAAACCUAAAAAUCAGAAGCUCAAUAAGCAUAAGUGGAUAAAAUGAUCCAGUUCCAUACAGCUAUCCACAGAACAAAGAAUUUAUAAACGUGAAAUCCAACCUCCUUUCUUCAUAUCACUCUGGUCUCCGUUUUUCCCAGAACAGGAAACAAGUCUCCCAUAGCUUUUUUUGUUUCAAAAAAGUUAAAACAGCAUCCAAGAUCAUUCUGUAAGUAAUUGUACACAGACAUCUCCUCACCCCAGUGCCUGCCUGGAGCUCACCAAGGUCACCAAACAACUUGGUUGUGAACCAACUGCCUUAACCUUCAAGGGGGAGGGGAGUUAGCUAGACUAGGAGACCAGAAGUGAAAAAGGAGUGAGGAUUUCACAAGGUUGAUCUGUCAGAGCUUGGCUAGCCAAGUCAGUGGUGGCAAGGGAUAGCUUGGCCCAGAAAAAACCUGUGGCUUGUGCCAGUUUCUAAAUGGAUGUCUGUAACCAGGAAGUAGGGUGGACAGAAGAUUCUGGGGCGAAAUGGGACCUGGUUAUGUUGUUAUUCUUGGAUUGUGUACUUUGCUGAUGUAAAACAGAAUAUUCUGUAAAUCCAAUGUCUUGUACAAACAAUGAGCAUUAACACAGUAAAAUAUUCAAUGAAAAGUCAAA